AUGUCACAAGCCAGUUCUUCUAUGUGGACGUCAUUUUUGAAGUCUAUUGCCUCCUUCAAUGGCGAUUUAUCUUCUUUGACAGCUCCUCCAUUCAUCUUGUCGCCAACUUCGUUAGUGGAAUACUCACAGUAUUGGUGUCAACAUCCUGACCUGUUUUUGAACGCCACCUUCAUCAAAGAACCCCAAGAUGGCACACCUGCGGAGCUUUUACGUAUGAUUGCCGUCACCAGGUGGUUUGUUUCCACUUUGAGAUCGCAGUAUUCUUCUAGAAAUGAAUCUAUGGAGUACGAGAAGAAGCCAUUGAAUCCGUUUUUGGGUGAAUUGUUUGUUGGUCAGUGGGAGGGGGACCAUUCAAAUCCUGACCUUGGCGAAACUGUCCUCUUAUCGGAGCAAGUAUCCCAUCACCCUCCUAUAACUGCCUAUGCAGUGUACAAUGAUAAAAACAAGGUUGUGUUACAAGGAUAUAACCAAGUGAAGUCUUCCUUUGCCAAAAUCACAGUUUCGGUUAAACAGUAUGGGCAUGCCAUCUUGGAAUUGGGACAAUUGGACGAACAAUAUUUAAUUAGUCUGCCACCUUUGCAUCUGGAGGGUCUUCUAGCUGCUUCUCCUUUCAUUGAAUUAGAAGGGAAAUCAUAUAUCCAGUCUUCAAAUGGAUAUCUCUGUGUUCUAGAGUAUUGGGGCAAAGGCUAUUUUUCAGGUAAGAAGAAUUCCUUCAAGGCUAGGAUAUUUAGAUCUAGUCAAGAUGCUGAAAAUAAGGAGAACAGCUUAUAUACCAUCAGCGGUCAGUGGUCAGGGAUCUCGUACAUAACUGGGGGGGAUGAAAAGAUUGCCAAAGAAUCGCAGAAUAUGGUCUUUUACGAUGCUUCGAAAACCGCUAUUCAGCACUUGAAAGUUAAACCGAUAGACGAACAGCACCCCUUGGAGUCAAGGAAGGCAUGGCAUAAAGUAGCUGAAGCCAUCAACUUAGGGGACUUCCAACGCAUUCACCAGGAGAAAUCCGCUUUGGAGCAACAGCAGAGAGAAUUGAGAAAGAUAGAGGAACAAAAGGGCAUCAAUUGGGAAAGGAGAUGGUUCCAGGAUAUCGAUUAUGUGAAAACUGAUGUGUCUAGCUGUGUUUUCACAAAAUUAGCCGCAUUAGCGCAGUUGUCCACUUAUAAUCUUCCUAGCGGCACCUUGGAUAGUGACAAAGAGGCGAAAAAGGAAGAAUUGACCUCUAUUCAUUGGAAAUUUGUAAGAGAGAGAUGGGAUAAUGAGAAGGAAAUUGUCCUAUAA